CAGCAUGCCAACUUUGCCAAGGACGGAAUAUUGAGUUGAUGAACAGCUUUCGCAUUGUCACUUUGAGAACAGAAAACUGCUGAACUAUCAUUACAUUCAAGAUGCCAAUGUUUGUUCUGGACCCACGAUGCUCUACAUGAUCUGGAUUCCACUUUGUUGGUUGUUUCCUGCGAUUCGCGGCCGGGACAUCAGCGCUAGCAAUAGUUGACCGUGUCAGCAUUCCGAAAACCGCAGGUUUGCCCGAUUAAACACACCAGGCACCAUGAAACGCUUACUAUUGUUGGGUGGUAUGACCCCGACCGCAACAGUGCUAUACUACGACACCAUCAAUCGCAUAGUGCGUUCCAAGCUGGGGGCCCGAAAUAACGCAUCGCUCUUCAUGUACAGUGCCAACCUGGAGGAUAUGGUUCAGUUUGCAGGUGCAGGCGACUGGGAUGCUUUUGCAAAAGUUUACACUGAUGCAAUAACGCCGCUGAUCGGACAUGUUGAUGGGGUCGUGAUCUGCGCCAUCCUAGCCCACAGAGUCUCAAGUCAGCUCGCGCGUUCCCUGUCAUCAACAAACGUUCCAUUGCUCCACAUCGCCGAUUAUGUGGCCAAGCAUCUCAAAUCUGAAUACCCGCAUAUCCGUACCCUUGGUCUGUUGGGCCCUCAGAUCACGAUGCAGGAAGUGGACGACCCCGAUUUCUUCAUAGGCCGCCUGCAAAGGCUGGAACAUGAAUUCGAGGUUCUGGUGCCAGAAACGCCAGCGGAUCGGGAGGAAGUGAAUUUCGGGAUGAUGAAUGAAGUCACCAAAGGCGCAGCUGCAGUGACGCCGCAGACCAAGGCAAUGUUCAUCAGGCAUGCUCGGAAGCUCCUCGAACGGGGCGCUCAAGCGAUCAUUUUAGGAAGCACAGAUCUGGGGUUUGUGGUGCAUAAGGAGGACCUCGGCGAAGGCGUUCUUGUCAUUGAGCCGGCUUCGGUGCAUGCCCAGGAGGUCGCAAAAUGGGCAUUACAGGAUUGAUCAAGUGCGUUAUACCGAUGCUAGUGGAUCUGUAUCACUCGCACACUUAGGGGAAAAACCAUAGUGAAAUGAUGAACAAGG